AUGCCAGCUGCGACUAUGGCUGAAAACACUACUACAAAUGGCGAUUCUCGUCAACAUUAUGAAAGAACGCAAUCACAGCCUGAGAACCCGUUCUCUGCCCUCAUUCCUGAGCAGCAGAUAGCGAUUGUUCCAGAAUUCACUCUUGAGUCCGGAGUCACACUCUAUAACCUACCGGUCGCUUAUACAACUCGCGGCAAACUCAAUGAAGAGGGCAACAAUGCCAUGGUAAUCUGCCAUGCUCUCACUGGAAGUGCCGAUGUGAGCGACUGGUGGGGUCCUCUACUUGGAGGACCUGGCCGAGCUUUCGACACUUCAAGAUUCUUCAUUGUUUGUAUGAACAGUCUUGGCAGCCCUUAUGGCACUGCAAGCCCAGUAACUGCCAAGGACAAUGAUCCAAGCAAGGGUCGAUAUGGACCUGAAUUCCCCCUUACCACAAUUCGAGAUGAUGUCAACCUUCACAAGCUCAUCCUUGAUGACCUAGGCGUGAAGCAACUUGCUGCUGUUGUUGGAGGUUCUCUGGGUGGUAUGUUUGUGCUUGAGUGGGCAUACUUUGGCAAGGACUAUAUCCGAUGUAUCGUCCCUAUCGCGACCUCAAGCAGACACAGCGCUUGGGGUAUCAGCUGGGGUGAGGCUCAACGACAGAGCAUCUACGCCGACCCCAAGUACGACGAUGGAUACUACGCCUUCGAUGAUCCCCCCUCCACUGGCCUGGGUGCGGCUCGUAUGUCUGCUCUGCUCACAUAUCGAAGUCGCAACUCCUUCGAGUCGAGAUUCGGACGCAACAUUCCCGACCCAUCCAAGGUCCAAACCAUUGGAGGUCGACCCCGACCCUCGACUCCUUCUGAGGCACACUUCCAUAUUCACAACGACGGCCAUAUUGUAAAGCGUACAUCCAUAUCUCGCCAGAACAGCACAACUGAUGCAGCAUCAACUGCUGAGUCACCUGCUGUUCCCGACAACGUAGCGGAUCCUCAAUUCCAUGGACCUAACAAUGGUAGCCUGACUGGAGGAGAGAUGCCUCAGUCACACUAUUUCUCUGCCCAGUCAUAUCUACGAUACCAGGGACGUAAGUUCGUUACGCGAUUCGACAGCAACUGCUACAUUGCCAUGACUCGUAAGUUGGACACGCAUGACGUGUCACGCAACCGAGCAGACACCAUCGCAGAUGCACUAGCUAUGAUCCAACAACCCACACUUGUUUUGGGCAUUGAGAGCGAUGGCCUCUUUACUUUUGCUGAGCAGGAGGAGAUUGCACAACACGUACCUAAUGCACGUCUCGAGCGAAUCGAGAGUCCUGAGGGCCACGAUGCAUUUUUGUUGCAGUUUGAGCAGGUCAACAACUACGUCCUCUCAUUUUUCAAGGAGGUUUUGCCUGAUAUCAUGUCCAAGGAUGGCGGAGCACCUGAGGAGGCUAGUGUUGGACAAAUCACCAAGUCGAGCACAUUUGGAGAAGCUGAAGUUGAGGAUAUUACUGCUUGGUAG